AUGAAUGUUCCUUCAAGCGACUACACUCAUAACAUAAAACAGAACAGUCGGGAAAACUGCAUCAAUGCUUUAGCAGGAACUGAGCUGCAGGACCAAUAUCCUAUCUUAUUUGAAGCAAAUAGAAGACUUGCUCCUCUCAGGUUUGUCCCAAGACGACCAAUCAUUAGACCUGCAAACCAAAUACCGCUGAUACAGGAGCAGGAGUCAGAGAUUGAACAUACACAUAUACAUGACACGAAGCACUUAGGAGAAGUCUACCAUCACCACAAACACUCUGGGAAAGUUGAUCACAUUCACAAGCAUGUCGGUCAUGCUGGACACAAACAUCACCAUCACGGAUCAAACAAACAUGACCACCAUCACCACGGACACGCAAAACAUAGCCACAAACACCACGGAGAGGGGAAACAUAGCCAUCACCACCACGGGAAACACGAUCACGGGCACAAACAUCAUGGCGGCCACAAACACGAGCACAAACACGAGGGUCAUGGUAAACACGCGCAUCAUCACCACGGACACAACGAGCACAAACAUAAACAUUCGGGACACUCGGAACAUCACCACAAACACCACGGACACGGCGAGCACAAGCAUCACCACCACGGCCAUCAUGAACAUGGACACAAACACCAUGGAGAGGCGGAACAUAAACACAAACACCACGGAGAAAGUCAUCACAAACACGAGCAUCACGGACACGGUCAUCACGAGCAUAAACACCACGGACACCACCAACAUGGGCACAAGCAUCAUGGCCAUCAUGGGCACGGACAUAAACACCACGGGCAUCACGAACACUCUCACAAACAUCACGGUCAUGGAUCUCAUCACCAUAAACACGAGGGACACGCUGAACACGGUCAUAAGCACCACGGCAGUGGCAAGCAUGAGCACAAACACCACGGCCAUAGCGAGCACGACCACAAGCACCACGGGGAGGGAAAACACAUUCAUAAGCAUCACGGACAUGCUGAACACGAACACAAACAUCACGGUCAUAAUCAGCAUCACCACAAGCAUGAGGGACACGCAGAGCACGGCCACAAGCAUCACGGACAUGCAUCACACGAACACAAACACCACGGGCAUUCUGAACAUAGCCACAAACACCACGGAGAAGCAAAACACGGACACAAGCACCAUCUCUCUGGAGUACAUAGCCAUAAGCACCACGGGCACAGCGAACACUCUCACAAGCACCAUGGUCACUCUGAGAAUAAGCAUGAGCACCAUGGUCACCACGAUCACGGCCACAAACAUCACGGAUCCAGUAAACAUGAACAUAAACACCACGGGCAUAAUGAGCACCAUCACGAUCACCAUGGACACGCAAAACAUGAGCACAAACAUCAUGGUACUACCGACCACCACCACAAACACCACGGCGAAGGAAAACAUAGCCACGCACAUCACGGUCAUGGGGAGCACGAACACAAACACCAUGGUCAUGCAGAACACAGUCAUAAGCAUCACGGACACGCAGAACACGACCACAAACAUCACGGAAGCUCCAAACACGAGCAUAAACACCACGGUCACUACGGGCACGACCACAAGCAUGAUGGGCACGGAAAACACGAGCAUAAGCAUCAUGGACACGCUGAGCAUGGCCACAAACAUCACGGGGAAGGAAAACAUCAUCACGAUCAUAAAGGUGAAGGUAAGCAUUCACACCACCACCACGGGAAAAACGAACAUGAACACAAACACCACGGGCACGGGUCACACGACCACAAACAUCACGGGGAGCAGGGUCACAAACACAAACACCACGGGCACGGAGAACAUCACCACAAACAUACAGGACACUCUGAGCAUAAGCACAAACACCAUGGUCAUGCUGAUCAUCUACAUAAGCACGAGGGCCACGCUAAACAUGGACAUAAACACUCCGGACACAAAAAGCAUCACCACAAACACGAAGGAGGAACAGAGCAACACCACAUGCACAAAGGAGCUAGUCAUCAUCACCACAAACAUUCGGGAGGGUCCGACCAGGAGCACAAACAUCACGGACAUAGCAAACACGGCCACAAACAUGGCACGGACGAUCAUCACGACAUGGGCCACGAUAUGAACAUGGAUAUGUAUGACGACGGUCUCAUGGAGUACGACGAUCAGUUCGAGGGAAUGGAGAGUGUUGUGGUUCCCGUCCAACAGAAAGCGCAAUCUCGGAUGAUGUUCUUCGAUAAGAAAAAUCCUCCUGAGAGUAAUAAGAACAAGAGACAACUAGAUGAUUUUGCGUUCUUCAAUUUUGGAUCGUUUGGAUUUGACGGGUUCUCUUCAGAGAGUACAACACCGGUGCCAAAGAAGGGAUAUCCUCAAGACAGUUAUGAGGAGGGUUCAGCCAGACCUUACUCCAAGGAGGACAGUAAAAGUGCCGAGGACAGUGGAGAGUACCCGGACAGUAGGAGCAGGGAGAACACGUCAUCGUCCAGGGAGGACUACUACUCGUCCAGGGAACGGUCCAGAGAGAGGUCGAGCAGCGAAGACUACGCCGAGGGUCCGAGAAAAGAGAGCGGCGAGGAGAAAACAAAAUCUAGCUUUGAAGACUUUAAUUUUGAUUUUUCUGAUAUUAAUUUUUCCGCUGAGUUCAGUUAG